UAUCGCUCAUCGCUAAUUUUCAGUUGUUGUGAUGAGAAGAAAACAUUAUUAUUUUUCUCGUUUUUAUUUUGUUUUAAACGUUUAAAAUAGUUGAGAAAUGCUCUGAAAACCAUGUGAAAGAGAACCAGAGUGCCACGAGCGUUUCUAGCAAACUGUAAGUGUAUUUCCGUGCGUAUGAAAAGCAGACGACCGACCCGACGCGACGGGAAAGCCAAAGAAAAAGCGAAAAAAAGAAUAGAGAAAAAGUAGCGCAGUUUCCACAGACCACAGUCUGUUCGGUGCGUUCGUAUGUGUACAUAUGUGCAAUAUUGUUAGGAUAAACAAAAGCCAAUAUGUCGCCACUUGAUGAAAAGUUCACGGCACAACAAAAGCAGCAGCAACAACAACAACAGCAGCAGCAGCAGCCACAAAACAAUAGCCUUGGUAGCUUCCACAACAAAAUGAACGUACUGCCCAAUUACACGAUGAGUGGCAUGAGCUCCUUUGAUGCCGAAUCCCUGCCCGAUUACUCAGAAUUUGAUUCCGAAUCGGUAACAUUGGACUAUUACAAGGAGAGUGUACUACGUCCACCAGCGGAGAAAAUGGCGCCGACAACAACGAUUGAGACCAUCACAAUCACGAGGCCACUCAAGGUGAUUGCAUUUAUCUGUGGCGUCAUUGUGGUGGCCCUCAUGUGUAUGGCCCUGGCCUCAACAGACUGGCUGAUGGCCGCUGACUGGCGGCAGGGCCUCUUUGUGCACUGCAUUGAGGAUGAUUCGGUGGCGCCGCUGCCGUUUAACAUACAGGAUCCACCAGGUUGCUACUGGACUCGGGACGUAGGCUACAUUAAGGCCACGGCCGCGCUCUGCAUUAUCACAUUGAUAACAGAUGUCAUUGCCACAGUGCUGACCGGCAUGGGCCUAAAAACACAGAAUCAUAAUCUAAAAUAUAAGUUCUAUCGCAUAGCGGUAUUGGUGAUGCUUGUUUCCUUGCUGGCCGUACUGUCCGCCUUGAUCGUGUAUCCUGUGUGCUUUGCCGGCGAGCUGACCAUGGCCAAUCGUCGAGUUUGGGAGUUUGGCUGGGCCUAUGGCGUGGGCUGGGGUGCUGCCAUCUUCCUGUUUGGUGCCGUGGUCCUGCUGCUCUGUGACAAGGAAUCGGAGGAGAUCUACUACAAGGAGAGGAAGAUCGUACAUGAAAACCAAAUGCGCGCCUAGGCAAGGCCGCACGACCUGCCUGACGUCGUUCUUUAGAUUCUAAGUAUAUAGCAGCCAACCAACACACACACACACACACACACACACAGACACACAUAGAUUUCGAUUCAAAUCAGAAAGUCAAGAACUCAAAAACAAAAGCAAUUUGCAGCUGAAGAACAAAAUUUGUUAUAAUUAUGAUUGUGUAUAUCAUGGAAACCAUUUCAAGUCAAACAAAAAUCUGUAGCCAUCCAACCCCCCCUCCAACCCCAAUUAGUUGAUUUCGUAUUUAGUUUCGAAAGUUAUAAAGGUAUAAAACACAUGACAUCAUGACAUAUAAAGCUAGAAAACUGAGAAAGCUAAUCGCAUUAACCUCCAUAUACAUAGAACACUUGUAUGCAUGCCCCCAGUGUAACCAAUGUUUUAGUGGUAGAAACGUGACGAAGGAAAGCCUGAAAUUGGGACACUAAAAAUACUCACACGCAUAACAAAUUGUAACCCGUACUCCCAUCAUGUAAUCUCUCGCUCUCUCCACUAAUCGUAAACCGAAUCCAAAUUAGAAAUUGUAUGUAUGUAUACGUAAUCGAAAGAAGUCUAGGUAUAGGACAUGGCUUCAGCCUUUGGAGACGACACCCCACACACAGAAACAUAAUCAUUGUUCCGCGCCGAUUAAGCUUUCAAAAAUGAUUUGUAUAUUUUUGUGUUCUUUCUGUAUCGAAUAUUGUUUGUGUCUGUACUCGAAUAUUUGUUGCUUUUAUCACCUGUUUACCCUGUUGUAAAAUAGUUUAACCAGCACUCAACUCAAGUCCCUCCCGAGCAGUUCAAUUAUUGUUUAAGUUGUACUCUUCUCUGUAACGAUCUAUAUUUUAUAGUUUAAUAAUUUAUUAAUUUGUGUUUUUACCACACACACACAAAACCAAACAUAUCACCUGCGAAUGACAAAACAAUAAACGUUUCUUACAGCUUUUGUUAACCACAGUUUAACGGAUGUAACCAUAUCAAUUUUGAUCUAUA